AAAAUAAAAGAAAAGAAAAUAUCAUCAAACAACCUGCCUCCCCGUUUUGUUCUCUCUAUUCUUCUCCAUCACUCCGUCUCUCUCUCUCUCUCUCUCUCUCUCUCUCUAUGCAGUCUCACCUUUCCUUUCUCGACUUCUCGUUCUUGCAUUGUGUCUGGAUUGGAGUUCUUGGAUUUCUUUGUCUUUCGCUGUUGAUGGAUUUUGACUAGCAUUAUACCAUAGUCACUCCCAAGCAACACUUCAAUCAGAUCCCUCUGCAAUUGGACCUGUCUUGAUUCACAAUGGCGCCCAAGAGAGGGCUAUUCGUCAGCAGAAGUAGAAGCAAGGGAUCUCAUUUCCCUCUUCUGGUUUUCAUUUUCCUCUGUCUUCUUGCGCCUUUGAUUUUCUUCGCUAGAGUGCUUAUUACUGCGGGUCAAGAUGGCAUUUCAACUGUUCCAAGCAAACAGGCUUCCAAAUGGCAAGAAUGGCAGGCAUUGCACGACCUCAGAUCACUAUUUUCAAAAGAGGUUCUUGACGUAAUUGAUGCCAGUACAAAUGAUAUGGGGCCUUUAAAUCUUGAUAACUUCAGAAAAAACAAUUUUUCUGCUUCUUGGAGAGUUGAAUUGGAGAAUUCAAAUGCUACGUUUGAGAAACUAAACCAGCCAACAAUGCAUAGUAGACAAGGAAACCUGAAAGUUGAGCAGGGAACUGAUAAUCCUGCACAGCAAGCACGGAGGCAAUUGAUUGAUAAAAGGCGUGGAAAGCGUGCUGCCGAGUUGGUUAAACAGGAUAAUGAAGUGCUUGUAAAACUUGAAAAUGCAGCUAUUGAACGCUCCAAAUCAGUUGAUUCAGCAGUUCUGGGAAAAUAUAGCAUUUGGAGGAAAGAAAUGGAUAAUGAAAACUCUGACUCUACUGUACGGUUGAUGCGGGACCAAAUGAUUAUGGCUAAGGUGUAUUUAAGCAUUGCAAAGAUGAAAAACAAUCAAGAACUGUAUCGAGAAUUGCAAUCUCGACUUAAAGAGAGUCAACAUGCUUUAGGUGAGGCAGCAUCUGAUGCUGACCUGCAUCAUAGUGUGCAUGAGAAAAUCAGGGCUAUGGGCCAAGUCCUGUCUAAAGCAAAGGAGCAUUUGUAUGACUGCAAGUUGAUCACUGGAAAAUUGAGGGCAAUGCUAGUAACUGCUGACGAGCAAGUAAGGAGCUUGAAGAAACAGAGCACUUUCCUCAGUCAGUUGGCUGCUAAGACCAUACCAAAUGGAAUUCAUUGCUUAUCCUUGCAGCUUUCCAUAGAUUACUACCUCCUUCCUCCAGAAAAGAGAAUUUUUCCCAAGAGUGAGAAUUUGGAAAAUCCAAAUCUCUAUCAUUAUGCUCUUUUCUCCGACAAUGUGUUGGCUGCAUCUGUUGUUGUUAACUCAACCAUCAAGAAUGCCAAGGAUCCUUCUAGGCACGUUUUCCACCUUGUUACUGAUAAAUUAAACUACGCAGCCAUGAACAUGUGGUUUCUGUUAAACCCUCCUGGCAAAGCUACAAUCCAUGUUGAAAAUGUUGAUGAAUUUAAGUGGCUAAAUUCAUCCUACUGCCCUGUAUUGAGGCAACUUGAAUCUGCUAGUAUGAAAGAGUAUUAUUUCAAGGCAGGCCAUCCAAACACACUUUCUUCUAGUGCUUCUAAUUUGAAGUAUAGGAACCCAAAAUAUCUCUCCAUGCUCAACCAUCUAAGGUUCUAUCUCCCUCAAGUAUAUCCAAAAUUGGAUAAGAUUCUUUUUCUUGAUGAUGACAUUGUUGUUCAGAAGGAUUUGACCGGACUGUGGGAUGUGGAUCUUAAUGGGAAAGUGAAUGGAGCAGUUGAAACAUGUGGCGAGAGCUUUCACCGAUUUGACAAGUAUCUGAACUUCACAAAUCCCCAUAUUGCUAGAAAUUUUGAUCCAAAUGCUUGUGGUUGGGCAUAUGGGAUGAAUAUUUUUGAUCUGAAUGAGUGGAAAAGGAAGGAUAUCACUGGCAUUUAUCACAAGUGGCAGAAUAUGAAUGAAGAUAGGUCGCUUUGGAAGCUGGGGACUUUGCCUCCCGGCCUAAUAACAUUUUAUGGGCUUAUACAUCCCCUACAUAAGUCAUGGCAUGUACUUGGUUUGGGUUACAAUCCAAGUGUCAAUCGAUCAGAGAUCGAGAAUGCUGCUGUUAUUCACUAUAAUGGCAAUAUGAAGCCAUGGUUAGAGAUUUCCAUGACCAAAUAUCGCUCUUACUGGACCAAGUAUGUCAAGUACGAUCAUCCUCAUCUUCGGAACUGCAAGGUAAGUGAAUGAUCUUGCUUCCUAAAUGCACAGAAGGCUACUCUUUCAACAGCCCUGGGGUGGUCAGAAUGAUAAAGUGUCUUAGAAGGGAUAGGAUCAAUCCCAUGUGCUGUAUUUUCACCAAAUCAUUUCCUUUCCACAUCAUUGAUUUUUGUUUCCUAUUCAUUUGAUUUGUUCUCACCCCACAACACCCCCAUUUGAAGUAGGCAAAUAAUUAGUAUACCUUGUUGGCUAUAUAAAAUCUUUGUCUUGUAGAAUACCCUGAAGCUUAAGGACAGGAGUAGAAAUUGAGUAUAAUUUUCUGCAUUCUUUGAAAAUAGCAUUGUUCACUUGAAUACUUGAAUGUGUUACUGUGGAGCUAAUUUUCUACACUUAUUUGUU